AUGACCACUUAUUUCCACAGUCAUGAAUUUUGCUGUAGCCCCAAAAAGCCCAACAGCGGCUCCUCGAAGGGUAAAUCUGUCAAAGGGAAGGCCAAGUCGGGCAAGAGCCACUCUCAGUCGAAGCAGAACCAAAAUUUGUUGCAAACACCAAACCAUCAACUGCAACAUUCGCCGAUGCACUCACCAAAACGCCAUUCCAAUUCGAAACACAACUGCCACACUCCAAAACACCUGCUUCCUUCACCUUCUCCUAGCUACUAUCACAUAGCGCCAUCGUCUCCGGGUCAUCAGGUAGCUGCAGCCUUACCGACAUACCAGCUGGCGCCGCAAUCGCCAAAUACUCUGCUACACUCGCCAAGCCACCACCAGCUGCAACUAUCGCCGAGUCACCACCAGCUUCACUUAACGCCAAACCACAGCCAGCUUCACAUAUCAGCAAGUCAUCAUCACCUGCCGCAUCAUCCUCAGCAACAGUGCCACCCGCCAGCCUCGCCCGGUCACUUGCUCUCCUCGCCUCUAACUCAUCAAAUCUACCAGCAACAGCAGCUCUACUCACCCAGUCACCAUGCACUCUUCCAGCAGUACCAGCAUCACCACAACUGCCCUCCUCCUCUUCCUCACGCCUCCCAGUCGCUGUCCAUCCAUCCUUUCCACUCGACACAGGUGCCUCUGUGCUCAGGGUUGGAUGGUUAUGUGUGGAGCACACUGCCCCCAAACCUGACCACCAGGGGUUCAAGAGGGAAGUUCCCCAACCUGAGGGACAGUGUGAGAAAGAGCCCCACAAAGAGCAAAGGCAAAUUUAGUUGCAGGCCGUGGCCCAAUGACACAUAUAUUUGGUCUGCACACUCAACGGCAGUACCUCGAAAUGUGCCACUAACACCCCACUUCCCACAAAUACAGGCUCAUGUACAGGCCAACCCCCCUCCAGUGGUGGUCAACACCGACAGCGUCGACACUCCGCCAUAUGUGAAUGGAACAGAAGCAGACUAUGAGUAUGAGGAAAUCACACUGGAGCGGGGUAACUCAGGCCUGGGAUUCAGUAUUGCUGGAGGAACUGAUAACCCACACAUUGGCGAGGACCCCUCCAUCUUCAUUACCAAGAUUAUACCAGGAGGAGCAGCAGCACAGAAUGGACGACUCAGGGUGAAUGACUGCAUAGUGCGGGUGAACGAGACAGAUGUAAGGGAGGUGACUCACAGCGGAGCUGUGGAGGCGCUGAAGGAGGCUGGAGGUCUGGUCCGACUUUGUAUAAGACGCAGAAGAAGCCUUGCUGAGAGAGUCAUGGAUAUCAAACUGGUAAAAGGGCCCAAAGGCUUGGGAUUCAGUAUAGCAGGUGGAGUUGGAAACCAGCAUGUCCCUGGUGACAACAGCAUCUAUGUGACUAAAGUUAUCGAGGGAGGUGCUGCUCACAAGGAUGGACGGCUACAAAUAGGGGACAAACUUGUUGCUGUAAAUGGCGCCUGUUUGGAGGAGGUGACUCAUGAGGAGGCAGUUGCUGCACUGAAGUCCACUCCUGAUGUUGUGUACCUCCGUGUAGCCAAACAAAGUUCCCUUUUCAUCAAUGACAACUUUCCUCCACCUGAUGUAACGAAUUCAUACUCCCCACACCAGGACAACCAUAUAAGCCCCUACCUGAGUGGCAGCCAGUCUGUAAGCCCCGCCCCUCUGACCACUCCACGAUACUCGCCGUUGCCCAGGACAAUGACUGGAGAUGAGGAUGUCCCCAGAGAACCCAGACGAGUGGUUCUGCAAAGGGGCUCUACAGGUCUUGGAUUCAACAUCGUUGGAGGGGAGGAUGGAGAGGGAAUCUUUAUCUCAUUCAUACUUGCUGGGGGUCCAGCUGAUCUCUGUGGAGAACUUAGAAAGGGAGACCGCAUCUUGUCGGUGAACGGUGUGGACCUGUCCAGUGCAACGCAUGAGCAGGCAGCUGCAGCCCUGAAAAAUGCGGGACAGACCGUUACCAUAGUAGCACAGUACAGACCAGAAGAGUACAGUCGUUUUGAGGCAAAGAUCCAUGACCUGAGGGAACAGAUGAUGACCAGCAGUGUCAGCUCCAGUUCUACAUCACUUCGUUCCACACAGAAACGCACACUUUAUGUCAGGGCGCUGUUUGAUUAUGACGGAAGUGCAGCAGAUCUGACCACCACAAAUCAGGCCUUGCCGUUUCAUUUCGGGGAUAUCCUCCAUGUGAGCAGCGCCGGUGAAGAAGAGUGGUGGCCUGCCCGUCACUUGAGCCCCCCGCCCCCAAACUGCCCUGAAGUUGGGGUCAUCCCCAGCCGCAGGAGAGCAGAGAAGAAGGAGAGAUCGAGGCUAAAGACAGUCAGAGUGAACAGGUCUCAGGAGAGAUCGGAUCAGGAUGAAAAAGAGCUGGUAACCUCUGGCACCAGCGAUAGUGAAAGUAGUUCCUGCGGCCUGGAGGAGGCCUUGCUCACAUACGAACCCGUCAUGCAGCAGGAAGUUAAUUACACACGGCCAGUCAUCAUUCUUGGACCAAUGAAAGACAGGAUCAAUGAUGACCUCAUCUCUGAGUUCCCUGAGAAGUUUGGCUCCUGCGUGCCACACACUACACGGCCACGAAGAGACUACGAGGUGGAUGGCAGAGAUUAUCACUUCAUGUCCUCCAGAGAGCUAAUGGAGCAAGAGAUUCAGGAACACAAGUUCAUUGAGGCAGGACAGUAUAAUAACCAUUUGUAUGGAACCAGCAUACAGUCUGUCAAAGAGGUUGCUGAAAAGGGUAAACACUGCAUACUGGACGUAUCAGGGAAUGCUAUCAAACGUCUUCAACUGGCAGGUCUCCAUCCCAUCGCUAUUUUUGUUAGACCACGCAAUGUCGACAACAUUCUAGAGAUGAACAAGCGAUUGACUGAGGAGCAGGCAAGGAAGACGUUUGACAGAGCUGUCAAACUGGAGCAGGAGUUCACAGAGUUCUUCACUGGUAUUGUCCAGGGCUUGACUCUCGAGGAAGUUUACUCACAGGUGAAGCAGAUCAUUGAGGAGCAGUCUGGUCCUUAUAUCUGGGUGACCACCAAGGAGCGACUCUGAAUCAACACACAUGAUAUGAUAUACUUAUGCACACAUCACUCUCUCAACACUUCCCUGUUGUCUAAUUUUCUAUUAUCAGCCUGCUUCCUCUCUUACAUUGCUACACACACAUGUAUUUACAUAAGCACAUGAAGUUGACAUGGCUGGGACUAUCUGGAACUGCUCCAUCCUGAAGGGAAAGGAGCUUGUGUCUGUCCAGCAGCCUUUUGGUGGAUCUUCCUAAAGCUCAGUUCCUUAAUGUUUAAGGAGGUGGUUCAAAUCAAGGCAACAUGUACCAUUAUCUGAUUUAUUUCAUCACUGUUCUUCUUAUUGUUGUUGUCGUUGUUGUUUUCAUAUUAACGAAGGAUAAUGCAUUCAUGUAUGGGUUUGUAAUGAUAAUAUUGUCACCAAACGGCAGACUUUUGCACGCUGUAGCUUUAAGAGCAUGUUUUUGGGACAAAUUCUUGAACUAAUUCCUGGUCUGUCUAUCUGUCUGUCCGUGUUUUCUCAUGGUAUAGUUUUUUAGAGCUUCUCGUUUCUUUCUAUCUUUUUCCUCAUAUACCAUCCCUCCACCACCUGCUCCACCUUCCUCUUUUUACAGUCUACAGCCUUUAGAUAUGAGGUGAGAAUGAUUGCUAUGAUAAUGAAGUUUCCCACCAUUUUAGAAUCACGGGUCAAAGUAUAUAGCAGCUACUGUUUAGAGAUGUAACAUAAAAAAAUAAGUCAUUAUUAGUCAUUUAUCUGACACUUCUUAUUAGUUAAGACAAAGAAGAACAACACAAAAGAAAACCAAACUAAAUUACUUUGACAUGAAAUUGUGUCAUAUUGCCUCUCUUUUUUCUAUUUUUUGUUUUCUGCUGGUCUAAAACAUACCUGAUGGAGACUAUGCUGAGCUCUGGUCCUGUGUUUUCCAUAUUUCUGAUGGUUUUAGUUUUUCUACUGAGGGCUACAAAAGCUUAAAAUAAAGACAGAUUUAACAGACAUUUCAUUUUCAAAAUUAAAAAAAAUAUCCACUGACUUGGACUUAUCUGUAUAAAGUAUAAUGACAUAUUCAGGCUUUUUCAGUUAUAAUAAUCCCUUCAUGUCAUCUGGUUGGUCAUAAUUAUUUAACUAGUAGGAACACUGUUUUUUAAACUGUUAUUAAACAUCAGUAAUCUUAAGAACCAAUAAUUACUUGACUAACUCUUAUUAGCACUUCUGCCUGGAAAAAAUCAAUUCCUCUGUCCAGUCUGUAGUUAAGAACGUGACAGUAAAACAUGGGACAUGUCCACUGACCACUUUUUUUUUUUUUACUUUCCCAAAUUCAGCUUCCAUGGACUCACACUAAAAUAUAUACACAUUUAAUGUUUGUUUGAAGUUGUGCUGUCAGACAACAAGCAUAAGGACAAACAUUCAUUAUAUGACACACAUAACUUGUUCCUGUUUACCAUCCAUAAGUCCCCAACAGAAGUCUGACAGAAGUACCCGAGUAUUUCUCUACCGUCAUUAUUGUCACAGCUCAGAGGUAGAAAUACUCAUCCAUGGUCUUGACCAGCAUAUUUUUUCAAAUUCUUCACUUACUGUCAAUUGAACAUGUUGAAAAUCCGUCCAUCCAUUCAUUUUAUGAACCACUUAUUCCCAAAUGGGGUCCCGGGGGUACUGGGGCCUAUCCCAGUAGUCAAUGGGC